AUGGGAUAUGACAAGUUCUAUAACAAGAAUGUCACUAUAAUAGAUGCUUACCCCGGACUGGGUGUAUGGUCGGCUGCUUUACAUAAUGUUAUAAGACCGCAAAAUCAUAUUCUUUUAGAGCCUCAUGUAAAUUAUAAGAAUUUUUUGAAGUCGCUUGAGAGGCCCGACAACAGCUGGAGAGUGCAUCCAGAAGAUCCAUUUCGGUGGUCGACGUUUCAAAAUUUGGUAGAUCAGAAAUUAUAUGAGCCACGGAAACUGCCACGAACUGACAUUCACAACGAGAUCAUCUUUACUGCAAAUCUAUCUAUGAUCCAGGGAGAACAGUUAUGUGUCCAAUAUUUAAACUGUGUAACCAACCAGAGCUGGCUUCAGCAAUAUGGACGAGUUCGUAUGCUUCUAUGGGUACGAGAACCAACUGCUGAGAAGCUAUUAGCAACCAAAGAAGCAAAAGCAAGACACCGAGUAUCAGUCCAGUGUGAAUCAUGUACAGAAUCCAGAGUAUUAUUAGGAGAGAUCACGGAUCAAGAAGUUUCACAUAGUGCAUUACUGGAAACAGUCAAAGGAGAUUUCCACCCUCCGAAAUCGGAUCCACCAGUUCUACUCGAAAUCAAUCCGAUAGAAAACCAAGUGGAUUACGUGGAUUCGUUUGAAUAUGUGAUUAAAAUGUUAUUUGUGCUACGAACCAAGCUGUUACGAGAGGCAUUAGGAACACUAGGACCUGGGGCACAGGUCGAUCUGGCCGACCAGUUACAGGAUAUUCUUGACAAGAGACCCCAGGAUAUGAGUCUGGACGAGAUCAAGAGAGUAGUGUAUGCAUUUGAGAUGUGGGCAUUCAAGCCGGAUAUUUUGCAUGAUUUCUAUGACGAUGGAAACGGCGGUCUAGGAACCUAA